AUGAAGCGACUUUUCACUUUGUUCACCAUCACCGUGUUGGCCUUUGCCGGCCUAACAUGGGGCUUGACAACCCCACCUACAGACGCGCUAGACUUCAAUGAACUCCUCGAUGGCUCCUUGGGAAACAUGCCUGCCCUGUUCUUGGUAUCACAAGGUGCUCUCCUCGAGGUCUACGCUGCCGACCCGCCCCAGGGUGUUGCCUUGGGAGGAGACCUUGCAACCGCAGCCACCACUUCCACAGCCACCAAUUCCGCCGCCCCAAGUACACAGCCAGCAGAUGUACCCCGGACCGGCAAGGAAAAUGGAGCAGUACUGGGCGCUUUCAUCAGCACCUUACUUCUACCCGCCGUUAUGAAUGUUGUUGAUGGCACGGCUGCGGGCGGCAUAUGCAAGUCGCUCGUAUCCGGAGCAGGAGCGAUGGUAGGUUCUGUUGUCGGACAAGAAGCUGGCAAAAACCUCUACCCCAACGGCACAUCUCUCGAAGAAGCCUCGGAAUUCGAGCAGGGCGUCAUACCAGGGACAUUCAUUGGUGGUAUCGCCGGCAGCAGUGUUGGUACAGCACUUUCGAAGACACUUUGCGCCAAGCUGGUCCCUGACCUUGCGAAAGUCUUUGACGGAUUGAAUCCUGAUGCUGUCACCAAGAUGUCUCGCGUCCUCAACCGCGGCCUGACAGAUGUCCUGACUUCACAUCUAAAGGAUCUCGGCGUGCAGCCCGCCAAAGCACUCAACUUUGCGCACCAAAUGGGAGAGACGCUUCGACUGGCGGAUACAGUGGGUAUGCCCGACGCUUUCGAUUUCCUCAAUCGCGAACUUGUCAGCAAUACAGCGGAUUUGGCAAAAGCAGCAGCAAAGGGAUUUAAAACGACGCCUGCACUAAACAGCCUUGUCAAGCUCAGCACGCAGACUUUGUCAAUGGGCGUUCCUUGGGAGGGAUCACCGCUUGGACCUGAAGAGGGACCACUGAGUGCAUUGGACGCUUUCACUGGCCAAUACAAGCAGAUUAUGGAUUUUGCAAAAAAGGUUCCUGGGGCGCGCAAGGCUGCUGAAGGUCUAUCAAAAGCCACGAAUCGUCUUCAUUCCGCUACAUCGAACGCCGCAAAGCUUCUACGAGGCGGAUCCUUGAGUAAUGCGCUUUCCGCAUUGGACGGGGCAGCGGACGAAACUCAUAGUCAGUCUGAGGUCAGAAACAGGGCACACGAAGAUAGAGGACGAAGGGUCACAACGACCUCUACCCUCACCCUCACCAUUACCUCGGUGCAAACGAACGAUGUCACGAGUAUGCAUACAGUUAAAACCACGAAAUCGCCAUCCCCAUCUCAUAGUUCCUGCUCGUUUACCGCGGCCACGACAAGGCAUGUCACGGUCACUGCUAAGAAGACGAUUACAGAGACGGUUACAAAAGUCGUGCCUAAGCUCAAGGUCAAGAAAUGUCGUACCAAAACUGUAACAAAAACAGUCAGAGCCCCUGAAGAGGACUCGGACUGUGGGUCUUUCAGAAGCCUAUUCUCCCUGUGUGACUGA